CCGACGUUGAAAAUCAGGGCGGGCCAGAGGCGUCAGGCGUUGAAGGAGGUCUCAGUGACGGCAGCGAGGAAGCCACCGGCGACGAUGGGGAGGACGGACAGCCCGACGUAGAGGGGGUGGUAGCAGCGGCCGACUCAUUUCCUUCUAAUGAGGCCGACUCGUUUCCUUGCCCUUCCCUCUACCUCCUUUUCCCCCGCGACUUCUUCAUCUCCUUCCGCCGAGAAAACUAUCGGUAGAACAAAACCUUAUUUGACGGACAGCGCCUUGAUCGAACGAUGCCGAUCCAAUGCUCUCACGGUCGAAGACGCGCUAGAUUUGUUUGACGCAGCGGUGGCUGCCGAUCCGAAGCCCUCUAUCUACGCAAUCAACCUCCUCCUCGGUGCUAUCGCCGGAAUGAAGCACUACCCAAUCGUGAUCUCUCUCUGCAACAAGCUAAAUGUUUUAUCAGGAAUCCAGCCAAAUAUCCACACUUAUAGCAUUGUGAUCAACUCCUGCUGCCGAAUGAGCUCUGUGAACCUGGGCUUUGGCUUCUUAGGAGGCCUCCUCAAACGUAGCUUCUCUCCUAGGACUGCUAUCUUCAAUUCUCUCAUUAAUGGCCUCGGCGCCGACAAAAGGGUGGCCGAGGCAGCCAUGCUGUUCGAUAAAAUGUCUCUGAUGGGAUGCGAGCCGAACGUGGUCUCCUGCAAUGCUCUCAUCAAGGGGCUCUGCAACACCGGCAGUACUGCUUUGGCGCUGGAGCUGCACCAGAAAAUGGCUAUGAUGGGAGAGAGUUGCAUGCCUGACGUAAUAACGUACAACACUAUUAUCCACCACCUUUGCAAAGAGGGGCAUGUGAGCUAUGCUUGCAAACUGCUCGACGAAAUGAUUCGUGUGGGUGUUAAACCGGAUGUUCGCACUUACAACAGCAUUAUUUAUGGACAUUCCACUUUAGGCCACUGGAAGGAGGCUGUUGGUAUUCUCAAAGAGAUGAUGCAUUGGCACCUUUCACCAGAUGUGGUGACAUUUAGCAUGCUGAUGGAUUCAUUUUCCAAGUGUGAUAAGACUGCAGAAGCCCAUAAAUUAUUAGAUCUGAUGAAGGAAAGAGGUGAAAAACCUGAUGUAAUCCCUUACACUAUAUUGGUGCGAGGAUACUGUCAAGAAGGCCAUCUAGCCGAUGCUAGGAGAGUCUUUGAUUCCAUGUUGGCUAAAGGUCCUGCUCCUAGCAGUCAUACUUACUCUGUCUUGAUUAAUGGAUGUGUCAAGAAUCAAAAAUUGGAUGAGGCCAUCGAGCUAUUCAACAAAAUGCAACGAGAAGGAGUAAAGCCUGAUAUUAUUACCUACAGUACUAUACUGGAUGGACUAUGCCACCUUGGAAAAAUUGAGGAUGUUCGAGGCCUCCUUGAUGAAAUGAUGAGUCAAGGAAUACAUCCAGAUGUCGUCACUUAUACCUCUAUAAUGUGUGGAUUCUGUAGAUUAGGGAAGUGGAAAGAAGCUCAUCAGUUGCUUUAUGAAAUGAUAGAACAACAAAUUCAUCUUGAUGCCGUGACAUUCACUGCAUUGAUUGAUGCCAUUUGUAAAGAAGGAAUGGUUCAAGAGGCACAUGGAUUACUGGAAGUGAUGAUCUGUAGAGGGAUAGAGCCUGAUAUAGUAACUUAUAAUACACUAAUGGAUGGUUACUGUGUGGUAGGAAAACUGAAUGAUGCAGUGAGAGUUUUUGAUUUAAUGGUUUCAAAAGGCUAUGAACCUGAUGCUUUUACGUACAACAUAUUAAUCGACAGCUAUUGUAAAAGUGGGAAGAUUGAUGAUGCUUUGAGUCUCUUUAAUGCAAUGCCUCAUAAAGGAGUCAAGCAUACAGUCAUUAUAUACAACGCCAUGUUAGCUGGAUUAUAUCGUGUUGGUAGAGUUGCUGAAGCAGAAAAAUUGUGCGGCAAGAUGCUUGCUGCUGGGAUAUGCCCUAGUCUUCACACAUAUAACAUAAUCUUGGAUGGGCUUUGCAAAAACCAAUAUAUUGACGAAGCUAUGAAGCUAUUUCAAGGUGUAUUAUCUUCAAAUGUUAACCUCGACAUUGUCUGUUUCAAUACGAUGAUUGAUGGGUUCAUCAAAGCUGGAAGGUUCAAAGCGGCCAAAAAUAUCUUCAAUACUAUCCCUACCAAAGAUUUGAAACCAGAUGCUAUUACUUUCAACAUAAUGGUAAAUGGCCUCAUGAAGGAAGGGUUGUUUGAUGAAGCCACUAACUUGCUCUUGCAUAUGGAGAAAUCUGGUUGUCCUGCAAAUUCUACCACAUUCAAUACCGGUUUGCUGGAGAAAGAGGAGAUAUAAAAGGCAAUAGAUAUGAUUAGGAAGAUGAAUGAUAAAGGAUUUUCUCUCAGGGCGUCAACUGUUUCUCAGAUAUUUUAUCUGUUCUCGAAGGAUGGGCAAUAUCAUCAAUAUCUGAAGUUGCUUUCAGAUUUUUCUCAGCAUGGUUCAAAGUGAUGAGAGCAGCAUAUACAUUGAAUUGGGCUUUUGAUGAUUGUAUUUUCAUAUAUACAUUUCAUGUGCUCCAUUUUGCCUGGGCCGUCAUCACUUUCAAUUUAUACUGAUCCUCUGAACAGGAAAUUAAAUCUCUUCAGUGUUCUUUCAACAAUUGAACAGAAAUUUCUAGGACCAAGUUCUGGAUGUCAGUGGUCUGCUCCGGUGGAGGUUUGAGCGAACUGAGAAAGUAAUUGUGAUAGGGAUCAGGGACUGUUUCAGACAACUUUUCAAGGCUUGCAAUGAGGGAAGCUUGAUGUGAGCAGGAUGAUCAUGCCUGCUGUCAGGUGGCGUGAGUGAUGGGUUCCGCAUCAUCCAAAGGUAAUACCAUAGUUGUAGUUACUGCUAUGAGAGAUGAACAAAUCCAUCUAUUACAAGACCAAACCUGAAAGGGAUUUGCUGCCCUUCAGCUAUAGAAUGCAACUCACGAGUGCACCUAGUGUGAGUACGUAAGAGCAUUUGUAAUCCUGGUUCGCAGCAGAGGUUGUACCAUGGUUUGGUUUUUAAGCACCAUCACAAUUUAUUUGGAUAUCCUCAGAAAUUAGAUAUUGUAUUUGAACCAUAUGAAGUGCUGCAAUAUUUUGUUGCGCUUGCUGUUUGGAAGAAAUUAUAUAUUCUUUAGUCAA